CAAGAUAUUUUAAUAUUUUUCGUAUAAUAUUUCAUUAAUAAUUAUUUUAUUGAUAAUUACUAAUGAAAAAUAAAUUUUUACUGACCAUAUCCAAUAUUUCAUAAUUUUACGAUGCAUAAUUAAUGUUUUAAAACACUAAACGUCCAUUUACCGGUUUUACCAUUCAACAAAAACAAUAAAAACCGAUUAACUAUCCAUAAUUCACCAUUAUUUGAUGUUUAUCUAGUGCACAUUCUUUAAUUCUCUAUUUUCAGACCUACGAUUCGUCAUUUUACAAUUACCCUCAUUACAUUCGUGUCCCAUUCGGUGUCUAGUGUACCUAUCCACGUGGUAGCCAUAAGUUUUUCAUCAGAUACAUCAAUAGAAUCAAUACACGAAUUAAAAUCAACAUGAAACAUUUCACCGCAACUCUCUCCGGAUUAAAACUAUCGAUUUCCGUUCCAUCGUAAUUCCAUAACUUCCGACGUAAUGCGCCGCGCAGCCAUGACACCGCGCGCAAUUCACGGACGCUACUCGUAUCAUUCGUAGACGCGUUUUUGUAUCGUUCGAAUAUAAUAAUACGCACAACGCGCGCGGCUUGGAAAAUCAAUUUAUGUUUGUUUUCCUUCUGGAAAUUGUGUGUGUGUGGCGUGUGCAAUCAUACGCGAUGAGACGAUAUGUCACAAAGUUUGUAUAUAAGUUGUAAACACGUGAAAGUGGAAAAAAUAGAAACUCACAAUAAGAAAGUGAUUGUACAAAGAACCUCGUCCAAAAACAUGGAACGCUAUGAAAAAAUCAGUAAACUCGGCGAGGGUAGUUACGGAUUAGUUUACAAAUGCAGAAAUCGUGACACAGGCGAAAUAGUCGCGAUAAAAAAAUUCGCUGAGAGUGAAGAUGAUCCUUUGAUACGAAAAAUCGCACUCAGAGAAAUACGACUAUUGAAAAACCUAAAACAUCCUAAUCUGGUGAACCUAAUGGAAGUAUUCAGACGGAAGAGACGCCUCCAUCUUGUGUUUGAGUUCUGUGAUAGGACAGUCCUGAAUGAAUUAGAAAGAUAUCCACGAGGAUGUCCCGAAAGUCUAACACAACAGAUAAUUUUUCAAACACUACAAGCAGUUGCGUAUUGUCAUAGUCAUGGGUGUAUCCAUCGUGAUAUAAAACCGGAAAAUAUUCUUCUCACAGCAAAUGGAGUUGUGAAAUUAUGCGAUUUUGGUUUUGCGCGUAUGCUUAGUCCCGGUGAAAAUUACACGGAUUACGUAGCCACGCGAUGGUACCGCUCGCCGGAAUUACUCGUAGGUGACACCCAGUAUGGUAAACCAGUGGAUGUCUGGGCUGUGGGAUGUGUCCUGGCUGAAUUGAUCAAAGGGGAAGCAAUUUGGCCAGGAAAAUCAGACCUGGAUCAACUUUAUCUUAUCAGGUGUACUGUGGGAGAUCUAAUUCCAAGGCAUAUGCAAGCGUUUAAAACGAAUGAUUUCUUUCGCGGGAUGAAUCUUCCUACACCCAAUCAGAUAACGCCUUUGGAGAUGAAGUUACCAAUGUGUAAUACUGUCUCAUUGGAUUUCCUCAAGAAAUGUGUUGAUAAAGACCCUAGUAAACGAUGGACAUGUGAGCAACUCUUGCAACACAAGUAUUUCGAAGGGUUCCACUUCAAGGUGGACGAAGAAGACACCUUGAACUUUGAAAAGUACAAUCGUGACCGAUCCAGGAAUUCGAAUGGAAGCAUGACGCUGCCGCAACUAACGACGAAACCAAUCAGCCCGUACAAAAUGCCGCUCACGCAGAGCAACAAUCAGAAGAAUAACAACAAAGUCGACCACCUGCCAACCAUAUGACAAAAGUUUUCGUUUUUUAAAUGACUCACCGACAUGGUUCAUUUAAAAACGCUUCGUUUGCCGACGGUAUGCAACUAUUCAGUACAACAAAACAUCUUAAAAUAAUGCGCAGGUUUUAGAUAGAAAGUAACGCGAAGAAGACAAGAGGAAGUAAAGCGAAAGAAUAAUAUUAAAACAUUCCUUGAUUGUACUUAACAAGCCUACCUAUGUAGAUAGUAAUUUAAGUUAAAGAGAUCUAUGAGUACUUUAAGAUUUUAGUAUCUAAUUAAAUGCUAGAUAUUUUACUGUUGUUUCAAAUACAAAUUUUCUUCUUGUAAUAAAGAUAAAAACGUU